AUGGGCAUAUGGAUCAAAAUUAAAGCAGAUGUUCGAAGAAUUCUUAAAGGAAAACAGACUUCCAAAAUUACCGAGAAGGCAAAUCGAAAGAGCAUGAGGCUUUUUGGAAAUAGGAAGAGUGGAGGAGAAAUAGGAGGAGGAGGAGGAGGAGGAGGAGGAGUAGAAGCAGAAGAAGAAAGGGUUGGCUGGGUGGAAGGUGAAAAAGCAACAGUGGCUGCUUUUGCAGCCAGCGAGGGUCACGCCCAUCCUCGAGUGGUAGAGCUGCCAAAAACUGAUGAAGGAUUGGGGUUUAAUGUUAUGGGAGGCCGGGAGCAGAAUUCCCCAAUCUACAUUUCCAGGAUCAUUCCAGGUGGAGUAGCAGAUCGCCACGGUGGUCUGAAGAGAGGAGAUCAGCUUCUGUCAGUCAAUGGUGUUGUGAGUAUAUGA